AUGGCAGAUUCUAAACAGGGUCAACCCAUCGUAAACGAGUUCCUCGCUUUUCUGCAAGAGAAAAAUAAACUGCUGCGGGAAGGAGCGAUGGAUGCGGCGACUGCUGUUCAGAUGUCUUCGCGCGCGUCGAAGUUCACCGUGGAAGACAUCUGUGUAGCGAAGAAAGUGUUGUGUGAGUUCCUUGGAAUAGCCGGCACCUAUGUACCUCACCGAAGAGGAGACGAAACUGGGAAGAAGAGCCUGGAGGACAUAAUGAAGAUCCUCAAAGACUUCAACGACCGGAUUCCGGAGUUUGUGGCGACGGAUAUCUCCAACAUUUCGUCGUACAAUCCGGACAACGUCGACGUCAGAUGCUUGUUUAAGGAAAUCGUGGCCCUAAGAACAAGUUUAGCCGAAAUGAAUACGAACACGGGGAGCCCGCAGUCGCAGUCCGCUGCGCCGGUUCCGGAGUCAUCAGCGCCGACUUCUGAAGAUAAAGAAGAUACCAAGGAGGAAAAAGAAGAUAAAAAUAAAAAGAAUAUUCUAUCUCACCUCACUACUGGGAGUCACGCGCGACUGAUGCCAACUGCAUUAGUGCAAGUAUACGCUGAAAACGGAGAAAAACACUUGAUGAGAGCGCUGUUAGACCCGUGCUCACAAGAGUCUUUUAUAACUGAGGACGCCGCACAAAAGCUUCGUUUACGACGUACCUCAGUCAGUGGGCAAAUUACGGGAGUUGAAGAGAUGAAGAGUAAACUGAAAUAUGUAACAGAAAUAGAGUUCUCAUCAAGAAUCGAGAUUAAGAUGAAGAUGAAAGCAACUACAUACGUUGUACGCAACAUCACCGGCAUUAUACCGGAGCAUAAAGUGAAGACAGAAAACUGGAAACACGUCGAGAAGUUGAGCCUCGCAGAUCCAACAUGUCACACGCCAGGUCACAUCGACUUGCUUUUGGGAGUCGAAAUUUGGAGCGAAAUUGUUAAACCUGGAGUGAUCAAAGGCCCCUCAGGAACACCUAUAGCACAAAAUACUCACCUGGGGUGGAUAGUUUGCGGAGAUGUGAGGACAGAGCACACUGCCACAAAACACAUCGUCAGCAUGCAUCUCAAUGUUGAUCUUAACAACAUGCUGAAGAAGUUCUGGGAGUUAGAGACUAUAGAAGAAGGAAAUAAUACACUAACUUCAGACGAGAAGAAGGCAGAAGACGUUUAUGAGAAGACCCACAAAAGAAAAGAAGAUGGUCGUUACGUGGUCAGGUUGCCAUUUAGAGAAGAACCACCUGUGUUACCACGUGACUCGCGAGAGAUAGCAGUCAAGAGAUGGAUAUCGCUAGAAAGAAGAUUGGAUAAAAAUCCUAAGUUGAAAAAGGAUUACAACGACGUCUUACAAGAGUAUCUAGAUCUAAAACACAUGAAGAAGGUAGAAGAGGAAGAAAGACCUGAGAAUUGCGUGUACCUCCCUCAUCACUCUGUUAUAAGGGAGGACAAAGAAACUACCCGAGUAAGAGUCGUGUUUCAUGCGUCAUGUGCUGGAACUAAUGGGGUUACUCUAAACGAUGCCUUACUCAUAGGUCCUACCCUGCAAGAAGAUUUACGAGAUAUACUGCUGCGAUGGAGGACACACAAAAUUGCAUACGUCGCUGACAUCAUUAAAAUGUAUCGACAAAUUGAAGUUAAUGAGGCAGACACGGAUUAUCAAAGAAUCGUUUGGAGGCCUGAUGCUCAAAAACCGAUAGAAGAUUAUAAACUACUUACCGUCACCUUCGGGACCUCUUGCGCUCCCUACUUGGCCAUCAAAACAUUACGCCAAGUUGCGAUAGAUGAGGGUCAAGAGUAUCCUGAAGCCCAGCGCAUUAUACUACAAGAUUUCUACAUGGACGACGUUCUAUCGGGGCACGAGACAGAAGAGCAAGCUAAAAGAAAUCAAAAAGAAAUAACCGCAAUUCUCAAAAAGGGUGGGUUUGAACUUCAAAAGUGGAGUUCAAAUAGCGAAGUAUUCAUGCAAGAGAUUGAACCUGUGAAGAGAUCACCAAAGUCCCAAAGAGAAGUAGAUGGAAGAGACAGUAUUAAAACUUUGGGUAUAAUUUGGAACACUAAAGAAGAUACAUUACAAAUAACGAAUAACUUGAAAGACUUACCUGAUCAACCCGUCACGAAGAGGAAUGUUUUAGCAGAUAUAGCUUCAUUAUUUGAUCCUAUGGGUUGGCUGGCCCCUGCAGUAGUCGUCGCUAAAAUAUUCAUGCAAAAAUUAUGGCGAUUGGGGGUUGAUUGGGAUGAAGAACUCAAAGAUGACGUGAAGAAAGAGUGGCUCAAGUUUAGACAAGAGAUUCCUGCUUUGACAGAAGUCAAGAUUGAUCGCUGGAUAUUUACCAAUGGAGACAAACGCUCGAUUGAAAUUCAUGGCUUCGCUGAUGCCUCGUCCAGUGCUUACGCCGCUGUAAUAUACGUUCGAGCUAUUGACACAGACGGGCAAGUACAAGUAUCGCUACUUACGGCUAAGACGAAAACUGCCCCUCUGAAACCGAAGCACACAGCAGCACUCUUCAUGGGGGUCCCCAGCUAA